GGUUCUUGAUGGAUCCAAAUAAAAUUUAAGCCUCUUCAUUUCUAAGAGCUCUUUUGUACAAUCCGACGCAGAUACCAACGAAUAUUCUGCUGUUUUUAGUUAUCGAAAUUUAAAGUUUGAUCUUUGACUUAUAACCACGGAAAUUUCCGUUGAAGCAGUGCUAGUAGAUAGUGUGUUGCUUAUGACUGUCCAGUUCACUAUUUUGUCUCCAGAUUUGGGAUCAGGGUGACUUAGUGCAAAUAUGGUUGAUGUAUUGAGUAAAUUGACAUUUGAGGAGAGGAACGAAGAACGUUUUGAGGAUUAUACAGCUGUGACUGACUGGGAAGUUUUUACACAAGAACUUGAAAAUUGUUUAACAAGUUGGAUGAUAAAACAGGAUACUGAAGUCUCUUCAGUUUGUGGACGUCUUCAAUUUUGUGGAAAUUUAAAAUUCGGUGAGAGAAUCUUCAAUUUAAAUUACUAUAAAUCUUGUAUUGAAUCUGAACAAACUAAGAAUUCGAUCCAUACAAUCACAUCUGAAAGUAUUUCGAGAAACGGUGUUCGUGUUAUUACUUCUAUGUCUGAUUUCAAUGGACGAUUUAUUAUUCCAUUAUUCUGGUUUGGUUUAUCUCAUGCAUUCAUUUUAAAACCUGAUGAUGGUGAAAUUAAAGGUGGAACACGACUUAGUUUAUUGCUUAGUUCAGUUGAAAUGGCUGUUUAUGCAACUCGAUGUCCUGUACCAGUUUUGGUGGAACAUUAUGGACCUUCAUAUUUUGGUUUGGCUGCAUCAUCUUGUCUUAAAUCAAGUGAUUAUACAAAUUAUCUUCACAAUAGUAUCAAUACUUUAUCAUCGUCAUCGUCAUCGUCAGCUUCUAAUCGGAUCGGUUCAUUAAAUAUUGAUUUUACUAGCUGCCGUAUUGAAAGUGAAAUAUUAGCGAAUUGUACACAUCUUAGUGGGUUAAAAGAAAUAUUCCUUACUAAAUUGGGUUAUCCUUGGAGUGUGAAUUAUCCUGUUCCAAAACUAGAUAUUUCAGCCAGAUUCAUAUAUCAUCUACCAUCAUGGUCGUCAUUACGAGUGGAGUAUCUGAAUACUAACUCCUUUAUGUUCUCAUUUGACUUAUUACAAAGAUCUUCAUUGAAUCUAUCGUUUAAUUUAGCUACUACAUGGCCGUUAGUACCUAGUCAUGCAAUCACUGAGAAACCAUCAUGGAAGUUGUUAAAGCCGGAAGGUGCACCAAUUUGUCAAUUACAAUUAUGUGCAAGUAAUCCAUUCGCCGAUAAAAUGAGUGUACGAAUUCAACGAUUGUUUAAAGGUUGUUCUAAAUAUGAACAACCUAUUCAAACGACUGAUAACUCAUCAGAUAAUCCUAGUUCUAUUUUGUCAAGUGAUUCAGUUGUUCAGUUUCUACUAUUUCUUUUUCCUGAUGCUGACGCUGAAGGUGUUUGUAAUAAAGUUCUUUAUAAUGAACUAACAUUAUCAUUUGGUGAUUUAUCAAUACAUGAAUUAAUUAUAUGGAAACGUCAACAGAUGAUGAAUUCUUCAGACAGACAAAAAUUCGCUUCGAUUUUCGGCUUACCAAAUCCUACUUCAUUAAUACAUCGUUUAGCUGUGAUCAUUGCUAAUCUACUUGUUUAUAAACAUUAUGAAUUCAAGGAUUGUUUAUUAUUGAUCAAUUCAAUGUUUAAUGAAUUAUACAUUGAAUUACAACUUCGUUAUGAUCGUUUAAUUUGUUUACCAUCACAAAGAUUAUACGAAGAAGUAUUCAACAAUAAAUUGAAUAUUAAUAAUAGUAAUGAGAUAAUAGUAGAAGAAGAAGUAUCCAUUGAUGAAAAUAAACCAUCAUUAAAUGCAUGGAAUCAUAAUUCAAUCGAAUCAAUGAAUGAAUUAAAAUUUAAAGAUUGGCCUAUUGAUUGUUACUAUAAUUUGGAUUGUGUUUUACAUCGAUUUAAUGGGUGCAUUUUGAAGGCUAGAGAAGGUCAUCAACAUCAAACAUUAAAAGUUCAAAGUGAUGAUGAUGAUGAUGAAGAUGAUGGUGAUGCAUAUUUUGAUGUUUAUGAUGAAACUUCUCCAUCAUCUCAUGAUGACGUUAAGUCAGUUCAUCCGAAAAUUAAUUGGUUAGAUGCUUGCUCUAGAAAUGAUGCAUUAUCGGAAGCAGAAAGUAUACUUGAUUGGCUAAAAUCAAGGUCUUUAGUGGAUCAUUUACAUUCACUUUUACCGCAUAUCAUACUAGAAUGUAUGCUCACAUUCCAUUCUUUAGUGCCUCAUCCUCGAUUAUCUAAAUGGUAUUCGUCUAUGCUCAAAAAGCUUGAUCAAGAAAUCUAUGAUCUAUUAAAAAUUAAUUCCUCUAAACCGGCAAAUGUGGACAUAGUAUCAAAAGUCACAAAAUCUUUUCCAUUGUCAACAUUUUGUGAUAUCUUAGAAAUUAUUGCUGAAUUUUCAAUUCAAUUCACAUGUUUCAAUGAAUUAAUUUAUAAUGUUAUUCUUUGUGAUUAUAGUUAUAUGUUAGAUUCGGAUAUAUUUUUAAAUUUUCUAUGUAAAUUAUCCAAUCAUGUCAAUCUUUUGGAAAAUAUAACUGGUCAAUUGAAUUCAUGGUCACCUAGUUUAGGCGGUUGGAUUAAUUUGCCUAGUACUAUGACUGCUACUACUACUACUGUUACUAAGGAGAAUGUAAAAGAAACUGAACGUGAUAUGAUUUUAAAAUUUUUAAAAACGUUAUUUGAUAAAAGUAUCCCUAAUGAAUUCAAUUCAACAAAUGAAGGAAUAUUUCAAUUUACCAGUAUUCCACAAACAUGGUUACCACCAAAUCGUCCAGUUGAUUUAAGACGUCCAAAUUAUGAAUUAUAUAUAUUCUAUACAGAAUUAUCUUAUCCAAAUCCAUUAACUAGUCGUUUAGGUUCACAUCGUUUAUAUAUUGAAUUACAUUAUGAUAAAUUAAUAUCAAAUUAUAAAAUGUUAUUAAUGGCUGGUAGUUUUAGUCAUGAUACACAAUUUUUUUAAAUUAAUCACUAAGUGUGAGUUUAUUAAUCAUUCUUGUUAUUGUUAUAUAUUAUAAUGUUUAUAAUCUAUAUCUAUCUAUCUAUCUAUCUAUCUAUCUUUAUGUUAUCUUGUUUCAUUGUUUACUUCAGUACUUUAAUUCAUUAUUAAGACUUUGUAUUCUUAUUUGUAACAUAUUUUUAUGCACAUAUCGUUUUGCACUACUGAUAUGAUAUAUUAAAAUGUUUUAGUAUAUCUACUUGCUCCGGUUACUCCCAAUGGAGCAUAGGCCGCCGAUCAGCAUUGUCCAACCCACUGUGUUUUUGGACUUCCUUUCUAGUUCCAUCCAAUUCUUGUUCAUUUUUCUCAUGUCUAUCUCCAUUUCCCGGCGUAAUGUGUUCUUCUUUGGUCUUCCCCUCUAUCUUCGACCUUGAGGAUUCCAUGUGAGGGCUUGUCUUGUGACUCAGUCGGGUGCUAUCCUCAAUGUGUGUCCUAUCCACUUCCACUGGGAUCUGAUGUGUUCUAUCCACAGUAGGUUGUUGCUAAUAGUGUCCGGCCAACAUAGACAACUGUUAAUGAACACUUGUAUCUUCUGGAUGACGAAUACAUAUGCGCCACACAAAACUCAUUUGAUAUGUGUGAGGGCUGUGAUACUGCAUGAGUGCCCAAACCGAAGCAAGUGGUUUUCUUAGGGGGCCACGCCCCGAGCCUUUGACCUGAAGAUCUGACCCACAAGGCAGUAGAGCAUCGUAAGGAGAUGCAGUGCCAUGGUAGCCGGUGACCAACGAUUGGUUCAUACGUCAUUUGUUCCUUCAGGAUACUAAAGCUCAUGUGUACCAUUGGUUCGGGACCCGGUUAAAGCGCUGAACAUUUUCGUAAACAACAGUAAUGCCGUGAGAAGGCAGUGAGUAGGACUUCCCUGGCAGAGGUUAUAUACACGUGGCCAUGUGAGAGCAUUUGGAGAGGGAGAGCGGACUCUCUCCACUCUCGGCCGUGUCAGGGCAUUUGGAAACCCGUAUUUCCCUUCAGAUGUUGACAUCUUCAUGAUCCAGUCGAGCACCAGGAAAAAAAGAAGUGGUGCGAGUAAGCAACUCUGCCUGACACCGGUCUCUACUUCGAACGACUUUUUCAACUGUCCUCCAUGUACGAUUGUGCAGUUCAAUCCAUUGUAGGAAUUCUGUAUGAUAUUGACUAUCUUCUGAGGCACGCCAUAGUGUCGAAGAAGCUUCCGUAGGGUUGUUCUGUCCACGCUGUCAAAUGCUUUUUCGUAGUCAAUGAAGUUGAUGUAGAGUGAUGAAUUCCAUUCAAUUGAUUGUUUCACAAUGAUCCUUAGAGUUGCGAUUUGGUCUGUACACGAUCUAUCCUUACGGAAGCCUUCCUGUUGGUCGCGAAGUUAGGCGUCUACAGAGUCCUUCAUCCUGUUUAACAAUACCCUGUUGAAGACUUUUCCUGGUAUUGAGAGAAGAGUGAUUCCCCUGUGGUUAUCACUGUUGCUGAGAUCGCCUUUCUUUGGUAUUUUGACCAGGAGUUCUUUCCAGUCUGUUGGUACUUGUUCUUCAUCCCAAAUCUUUCUGAAGAGAAUGUGGAGUAUCCGCUACGUCUGCUUUCAGUGCCUCUGCUGGAAUGUUUUCUGGUCCUACUGCUUCGCCACUCCUGAUUCGUCUGAUGGAUAUGCUGAUUUCCUCAAUUUUUGGUGGGCCAACACCGAUUGGGAGGUCCGUGGGUGUUGCUUUGAUGUUGGGUGGGUUCAGUGGAGCUGGUCGAUUCAAGAGUUCUUUGAAGUGUUCUACCCAUCUGUUUCAUUGAUCUUCAAUGUCGGUGAUUACCUUGCUAUCCUUUCUUUUUACCGAUCGUUCUGGUUUACGGUGAUUUCCAGAGAGUUUCUUUGUUGUGUCAUACAGUUGUCUCACGUUUCCUUCUCUUGCAGCCUUUUCCGUCGUCAUUGCUCAAUCUUCCACACAUCCUAUAUCAGCUCCUCUCUUAGUUCUCACGUCCUCCUGAAGUCCAUGUGGUUUCGUGAAUGCGUUUAUGUGGAAAUAUAGUGCCGCCCAUGACCAGUAUAUUGAAGGCAUAUAGGUUUGCGAAUUUCUCAACAUUUUCGUUCCUUUCUCAGUCCAUGUGGUCCCAUGAUCUCUUCAUAUCUGGUGUUGUCCAUUCCAACCUUGGCAUUUAAGUCUCCCAUCAGAAUAGUCAGGUCCUUUAUUGGGCACUUCUCGACGAUUGACUUCAGCCCAUCGUAGAAUUGAUCUUUAGCGUCUUCAUUGUAGUCGUUGGUAGGCGCAUAGCAUUGGAUGACGUUCGUUGAAAUGCCCUCUUUAUUUGUUUUGAAGGAGGCUUUGAUGAUCCUUGGUCCAUGAGAUUCCCAUCCUAUAAGUACAUUUUGUGCUUGUUUGGACAGCAUUAAUGCUACUCCUUGUGUAUGUGGGGCAUUUUUCUGUUCAUGUCCGGAGUAUAACAACAGCUCCCCUGAAGAUAGUCGCUUUUGUCCAACUUGCGUCCCAAGCACCUUUGUGUUGUAUCUCCUCAUUUUUGCAGUCAUUCGGAAGACUCUCCCACAUUAUACGAGCAUUCCAUGUACCUAAAUAAAUGGUUGCUCUGGUUGUCAGGAGGGGCAUCGGCCUCGUGACUGCCGAAGGAACUCGGAUUUCAUCAUGAGGCGUCAUAACUCUUCUAAAUGAAGACCUUCUGACUCGCUGGGCAGAGUUUAAGUGGUUUGAAUAAUGCCCAACCCUCCUCCUUUAUACGGGCUUGGGACCGGAGGGACUCCAGGCGGAGUUAUAUAUACAAGAUACUUAGCUAAUAAUAGAGAUUGAACAUUAGGAGUUAUAGAAUCGUAAAUGAGAACUUUCGUCUAAAUUUGAUUGAUUAGUUUCACAGUAUAUGGACGCCGAAUUAAUUAUAUCUUGUAGCCUAUGUGCCCUGUUAAUGUAUAACGUAAUGAUACGGUCAAUUAGAGCGUAGUGAAUUUUCGACCGUAACAAUGACGUAUAAAACAAGUACGAACAGUCUAUAGUCCUUAUCCGUGCUUCUUCCUGCCUAGCCCUGUCUGUUGAGUCCAGAACACCAAUCUCAGCCUUUGCAAUAUGAAUCAUUUAUUUCAAACAUAUAGGGUUUAUAUGCCAACCAGAUAGACCUAAUGAAUUUGAACUAAAUCCAACAUUUCGUCUGACAAUCUCGUUCAAGGUUUUUCUUUGAAAAGUUGAAAAAAGAAUGAAUGAACAGUUGAUAUUUAUAAAAAACGUAUAUUAUGCUACAUUUCUAAAGAGAAGUAAAACAUGAAUAUAUCUGUUUUAUUGAAACGGAUUCUGUCAUUGAAUACCUUCGAUCGCUAUUUUUGCACAUCUGAAUCAAAUAGUCUUCGUGUACCCACAUGGUUCAGGUUAUAGCAGCUCACGUGCAACUAAGUUUGGUCAUAUUUAGUUCAGUUCAACCCUUUUGUUAACUUAUUUAGCGGACAGAGUUAUCCGUACUAUAACAACUUAUUGUACCUUUAUUAUUGUUGUGCUUGUAUGAAAUAUGUAUGCUUGAAUAUCGCUUACCGCCUAUGCAUAUAUUCAUUCUGCUAGCUUUAUUAUUAACUGCUUAAUUGAUUCGAUGAUCCAUUCAUUUCCCGAUGUAUAUCCAUGUACAUUUAACACUCUACACUCUCGGUUCGCUGACUCACUCAUUCGCCUCUCUGUUUUGUGGUUUGAGUUAUCUGCUAAUAAAACUGUAGUCGCUGCUUC